GAUUUGUUUUGCUGUCCUGUUCUGUGGAGUGGUACAGAUGAUGUACUGGAAGUCUACUUAUAAGCAUCUGGUGGAGAGUGCAGUGAAGGACGUGUAUGAUUUUCUAUAUGAUGAUUUCAUGAGAAACAGUUCCAUUAAUUCAAAACAGGAUUUGAUAGCCAUUCACUCAACUUUUCUUUGCUGUGGAAAGAACUCAACAUUUAGUCACUACAGUAGUGUGGAGAAUGAAACAUGCUUUGCAGAAGGUACUCAUCUAAAGGAUUGCCUUCAGGCAGUGGAGAAUCGGAUCACUAGCCUCAUGAUUAUCAUUGAAGCACUGACACUAUUGGUGGGAACUGUGACGGUUUAUGGAAUGAUUCUGACUGCCUUCUUCUGCUUUGCUGGUUGCUUGGCUGAGGAUUGGCACACAAAAGGCAAAUACCAGGUGACAAAGCAGUAGCAAGCACCGAGGUGAAAUCAGAAACUAGGUGCUGGUCAGCCAGAAUGAGACACCCCGUGAAGUGAGUUUUCUGGAUUUUGUGAAAGAUGUCACCUCUCAGAGCUCUGAUUCUCUGUGCUGAACGUUCUUACUUUCACAUUCUGAAGGAAGGCAAAUUAAUGUAUAACUACUUCACACUGACCUGUUGUGAGAAAAUCCCAUGGGUCAGCCCCCUCCUCAAUGCAUUGUACCUAAAGAUUCUGCUUCUAAAGAGUGCUGAGCUUUGUUUCGUGCUGUUGUGGCAAGAAACUGUGAUAUUGUGAUCUGCCACCAUGUGAGUUUCCUUAAAAUACAAAUUUUGAAGCAGCUGUAUGGUGUUCAAAAUUAACAGCAAGAACCUCAGCAAUUCUUCUUACUGGGAUUGGCAGCUGGGAUGAGGGAACAUAUGGACAUAAGAACAGAAAUAGGCCAUUCAGCCCCUCAAAUUUCUCCGUACAACGAGGUCUGCUAUUCAAUUAAAUCCCUGAUGAUUUAUAUCUCAACUCCAUCUACUUAUUGUGCCUCCAUAUCCAUUUAUAUUAUUGAUGGAUUUUAGCCAGACAACCUCAGAAUAAAUUAUUAACAAAGCUAAAAACUUUUUGUGGGAGAGAGUUCCACAUUUCUGUGUCCCUUCACGUGAAGAAGUAUAUUUUAACUUCUCUCCUGAAUGGUCUGGCUGUAACGUUAAGGUUUUGUUCCCUUGUCCCAGACUGCUCCACCAUUGAAAGAUGUGGAAGGCUGAUCGAUGGGCUUCCACCUGUCAAGAUUGAUCCUCUUCUUGAUAAGCCUGUGUGGGAGGGUGGGAAGAACAAGCAUUUAGGCUGAAGAAGAGAUGGGGUAGGAGCUGGAAGGGGGCGAUUAUAUUAAUGAUCAGAAUGAGCUGCUAGGCUGAUGGAUAGAUAUUAGGAGCUGAAGAUGAAACUAUUGUCUUUUUAAAAUUCUUAUGAAAAGUUAAGUUGGAGCAGCGAGCAAACUGCCCUAUUAUUGUUACUAUGAAAUAGAAUUUGGUAGUAGUGUCCAACAAACCUCUUUGAAGCGAAGCUUUGUGGUGUAUUAAUCAGGACCUGGAGUUUCGGCCUGCAAUGUGAUAUUUUUAUGUUAUUCAGCUACUACCACUUCCUUUUCUUCCAAUAUAUAUAGAGCAUCAUAAUUUUGGUGUCUGAGCAAAGCAUUUUUGUUACUGUGUACUUUUACUAUUAGUCCACAUCUUUGAUGUUGUCCUACUACUGUUCUCAUUGUUGACUCUUUCAGUGGCCUUUCAGUCUUAUUCCCAUUCCACUGCAUCUCACUGAGCCUAUAUGCUUCCCUUGCAUGUCACUCACAUUCUCGUUAAGCUGGAAUGCCCCUUUUUGCCUUUAAUCAAAAGGAAUUCUCAUAUUGUUGUCCUAAAGAGUUAAGUUUGGCUUGUUUGGAAAUUAAAAUGUUUUACUGUUUGGUACUCACUGUGUAAUUCACACACAGGCAGUGAGAUGACAUGACUGACAGAUGAAUAGUACCAAUGUUUAAUAAACAAUGUAACGUCUGUACGA